UUUGCCAACUCGAUGUUGUUACUUCACCAUCACUGUCCACGAUGCAAACAUGCCCUACUGAUGUCUAGUUAAGUUCAGAGGUAUCUUUAACAACAUCUUUCUCCCCAUUGCAAUCGAUAUGAUCCUCGAUCUCGGCACCUCAACCUACAGCCGCUACUCUGUCCCGCCUUCCAAUCUGGCCUCGCAGUCGUACUCACAGUCACCUUAAGCUGUCACUGAUGACCACGUCACAAUCCCAUGGCCUCUCUCCGGCCACUAUCGAGACCAUUUCUGGCCUUUCCGCUGGCUUGGUCUCCACAGUGAUAGUGCAUCCUCUCGAUAUCAUUAAGACGAGGUUACAGGUCGACACCUCCUCUCAUCCUCUGCUCAACUCUUCGAGAUCCGUCCUCCGCGAUAUCUUGCGGAAUGAAGGCCCGACUAGGAUUGCCGCCCUAUAUCGAGGGCUGACCCCAAACCUGGUGGGAAAUUCUGCUGGCUGGGGAUUGUACUUUCUAUGGUACCGCCAGGCCCAAGACCUGAUUCGCAAUGUCAGGGAAUAUGCUCCUGGUCAAGCACUGACCGCGGUCGAUUAUCUUGCGGCAUCGUCUAUGUCUGGACUGCUGUCUGCCAUUCUGACCAACCCAAUCUGGGUGGUCAAGACACGCAUGCUUUCCACUUCUGCCACUCAAACUGGGGCAUAUCCCGGCAUGAUUCCUGGCCUGCGGGCGAUAUACAAGACUGAAGGCAUGAGAGGAUUCUUCCACGGCUUGACCCCAACACUUGUCGGAGUCAGUCAUGGCUCCUUGUAUUUCCUGGCUUAUGAGAAACUCAAGAUCUGGCGAAAGGCGCAACACCCUGACGGCCAGCUCACCAACACCGAUACAUUGAUCACGUCGUCAUUGUCGAAAAUCUUCGCCGGGAUUGCGACAUAUCCCCAUCAGUUGGUACGUGCAAGGCUACAAACAUAUGACCCUAGCGCAGCAAUCCACGUGAAAGGACCUGGCGUGAUCAACCUCAUCAAGAUGGUAUGGCGGAACGAGGGAUUGGUCGGGUUUUACAAAGGUCUCUUCCCCAACCUUCUACGCGUUGUCCCAAGCACUUGCGUGACCUUUCUUGUCUACGAGAACACUAGGUGGGCAUUACCCAACUUGUUCGGGUCCACGGACGAGGAAACUGUGAACUCCACUGUGGUUCCCAAGCAGGGGAAGACGGGCACCCUUUAGCUCCAUGUAGUUUAACAAGAGUUGUCAGACAAUACACACCUCUCCCCUCGGUCCUAGACUCAAAUAUUCUCU